GGGGGCGGAGCGGGCAGGGAGCCGGCAGGGUGCGGGGCUCGGCCGGGCGGCCCGCGGUGAUGAUGGGGGUGCUGGCGUUGGGGUUGGCGUGCUGCCUGCUGCGAGCGGCCCACGCCGCGUUCCCGGUGCCCGCGGGCGCUGCUGGGCGUCCUCCGUGGAACGGAGGAGGACGGGAGGAAGAAGCGGCGGCGCUGCGGGAAAGUGCGAAAAGAAUUAGAUUACUGAAUUCACCAUCAAAUGAUAAUGGAUCUGCUUUCUAUGGGAAAAAUCAGUUUUCUCACCUCUUUCCUGAAGAGUUCAAAGCUAUUUACUUAAGAAGCAUACCUCACAAACUCCCCAGAUACAUAAAAGUGCCAAAGGGAAAGGAAAAACCUUUGCCAAAGAAGUUUGACUGGAGGGACAAGAAAGUCAUUGCAGAAGUGAGAAAUCAGCAGACAUGUGGAGGCUGCUGGGCUUUCAGUGUUGUGGGUGGUAUAGAGUCUGCCUAUGCAAUUAAAGGAAAUAAUCUGGAAGAACUCAGCGUGCAGCAGGUUAUCGAUUGCUCGUACAGUAAUUAUGGUUGCAGUGGUGGUUCCACAAUAACUGCUUUGAGCUGGCUGAAUCAGACCAAAGUCAAACUUGUGAGAGAUUCAGAGUACACUUUUAAAGCUCAGACAGGACUGUGCCAUUAUUUCGCUCACUCGGAUUUUGGAGUUUCAAUAGCAGGAUUUGCUGCAUAUGAUUUCAGUGGUCAGGAGGAGGAGAUGAUGAGAGUACUUGUUGACUGGGGACCUUUGGCAGUAACAGUAGAUGCAGUUAGCUGGCAGGAUUAUCUUGGUGGGAUCAUACAGUAUCACUGCUCCAGUGGAAAAGCAAAUCAUGCUGUACUUGUCACUGGUUUUGACAGAACAGGUAGCAUCCCUUACUGGAUUGUACAGAACUCUUGGGGCCGCACAUGGGGAAUAGAUGGCUACGUUCGUGUGAAGAUAGGCAGCAAUGUCUGUGGAAUAGCAGAUACAGUUUCAUCAGUAUUUGUUUGAUUCUGGCUAAAGACUAAGGAUUAUCAUUUAGCAUACACUGUGUAUGAAGAUUUUACUUCAAAGCAACAUUUCCUAAAAUAAGAACAGACUGCACGAAGAGUUCCUGCUUUUUAAGCAUGACAGGAAGUGGUCGGCUGGAGUUUUUAAGUAUGUUUUUAUUUGGCACGUGUGUUAUGUAUCAGAUCUCCCAUGGAAUGAGAAGUCUUCAAAUCAACCACAGAGCGUGCAGAGGAAGUUGCAAAGAGAAAUUGAAACUGCUAAGGUGAACUUAGGUACCAAUUACUAAAAAGUACAUUCCUUUAAAAAUUCUUUUGAGAAAAAAAGUGAUAGCAAAUAAGAAAUUUGAAUCCACUAAUCAGUGGUAUGAUGGAGUAUAAUCAAAAUGCUUUAAGCAUCAGAAACACAACGGUUCUCUGCUUUUAAUUAGGAGAGGAGGGUGCUAGGAGAGAACACUUAUGUUUUGCUACCUGUUUUGUCUUUUCUAGCAUCUCUGGUUGACACCUCCUUUUUGUGAAAUCCUACAUUUUUCUCAAAAGCUAGAUGAACAGAGGAGUGAAAUAGCCAUGAAGCAAUCUCCAGAGCAGCCAGGGUCUCUGUAAUACUAUAGUCCUUCUAUUUCAGUCUUUCUCCUUUUGUUGGGUAGAUAAGACUUCAGAGAUUUUUGAAGUAGGAAAGUGUAUUUUGAAAAGGGCCUCAAAUAUGGUAGUCUUCUGAAUUGAUUUGUUAAAGGGGUAGGAGAGCAAGAAGAAAACCUUAUUUAGAUGAACCAAGGCCAUUCUAGUGGCUUAUCAUCAUCUCUGCCCUGCCAGGACAGAAAUGUUUGCAACCCAACCAUUCUGUGCUUUUGGUAGCUCUCAGUUCCACACUCCUCUUUUCUCUACUUCACAGCUUACACUGGAACAGCUGUGAAACAAGUGAAAAAAUUAUCUAUCAUAAAAAAAAAAAGCCUGGCUGUAGAUAGAUGUAAAGUCUUUGCCACCUUUAGGAAGUUAGGAAUUACAUCAUAUUCCAAGUAGAGCAGAUUUCCCUACAGAAAUAUUAAACUCAUGUAGGAGAGAUUUGCUGGGAAUCAUAAGGUGGUUCCAGCUUUGCUGAUUUGUGUAACUACAGUUGGAGGCAAAUGUAACUAGAACUGACAACAAGCAUUUCUAAGAUGCUCUGACUCUGUCAUCUGGAAUGCUUUACCCUUGUCCUUUAUUGAGCACUGUUACAAAAAGCUUUGAAGCAAUUCUAUAACUUUUGCACUUGCUGUACCCUGCUAAUGAUUAGUGUAAUGUUUUUAUAACAGAUGCCAUGAAUGUUCAUCAUUGUCUUGUAUUGUCACCUUAGUUCUCUUUCUAAGAAUCAUUAUUUUAUGUGGGGAAAAAAAAAACCUAAGUGCUAAAUGUCCAGUUCUGUUCCCAUCUCUAACAGGCUUAAACUACCGAAUAACAAAAGGGGAAGCAUUUUGUGUAAUAUGACCGUACCUUAGCAGAUUACAGACAACAAACAGCACACUUUCCUGAUGGGACGGGAUAAGAACAGCUAAACUUCUCAAUUGGCAUCAGAGCAAUGUGUUUUUAUAGCAGUACCAAACAUUGAAGGUCCAGCUAUGCUUCUGAUGUGGUACAACCAAGCCUGACUAGAGCACAAAGAUACAGAACUCCUCACCAGAAAUUAAGGCCUGCAGAAAACGUGUUUUCCAGAGAAGCAUUUAGCAACAGUGCAUCUAAUGAGAAGAUGACACGGCUUUAUCCUACCCUGUGGUCAAAGUUACCUCACUUUUAUGAUGCAACAAUUUUAUCCUCGUUUCAAUGAUAUUUUGAUUAAAAAAAAUACUCUAAACAGCUGUCAUAUUGUUGUGCGAAUGUUAUGCUUGUUUUAGAAGAAGGCAACAAAAGAGUAACUUGAAUACUGCUUUAUUUGAAGCGUGAAGUAGGCAUUUAUCACUACUAUUCUUAACAGUAUUUCUAAUGAAGGCCUUUAUAUUCUUUUGUAAGAAAAUUCCAGAGGCUUGGGUUUCCGCAGAUUCAGGAUAUUUGUUCAAAAUCCAGCUUUUAAAGAUCUUAACCUGAAAUUUCUUUUGGAACUCUACAGCUCUCUAUCAUCUUAAGCUGAUGAGAAUAAUUACAUCUUCAACUCAAAGUAAAUUACUAACAGCCAUUAGGUAAACUGACACAUAGAAAUAUAUGUGCAUAUAAGAUGUGAUGAUGAUAAUCUGUAUAAUUUUUUCCUGUCUCCAAGUAUAGAUUUUUAGAUAAAAACAUUCAAUUUAGCUAGCCAUUGGUUUGAAUUGGAUUUUUUUCUUUAAUAGAGCCUGAAUCAGUGCAAGAUUAUUUUCUCUACAGACAAUUAAAUUUAUUCAAUAAGUCAAGUGGAAUAUU